AUGGCGAAACGGACGAGACUAAAAUCAGAGGUACAGGAGCUUCGGGCAUGUGUAGAAUGCCGGAGACGAAAGAGCAAGUGUUCUGGAACCGCCCCAUGCUCGUACUGCUCGAGGACUAAGAAGCUAUGUCGCUUUGAGCAUGCACCAUCACGCACGCCAUUGACUCGCAAAAAUCUUGAAGAAAAGGAGCGCCUUUGCGAGAAGCUGAUGACCCUUGUCCGGAAUCUGAACCCGAAUGUCGACGUUGAAGAAGCAUUGAACGCAUUGCCAGUGGCUGGUGAAGGACGUGAUGAUAAUGGAACUGCUAACGAAAGUCCAAUGUGCGAGAGCCCUGAUGGGAAAAGUCCGACCUCAUUGGAGAAUUACGAAUGGAACGAGGGUCCACUGACCUCGUCUCAUCCCCCAAACAAGUCACUCGAUGGAAUGGCAUCACUACCAACCGAAGGGUCUGGAUCUGGUUACCUAGGAAACACUUCUGGGUCCUGUAUUCUGGAGACCAUUUCGGAUCUACUACCCGAGCAUCCUGUUCCCCUGGCUGCUCGAAAAGAACGACUCCCUGCAUAUUCAGCAAAAAUGGGGAGACCCCAGUUGUUGAGAGACAUAGAUAAUACUAUCCUCACGGAUUCCUUAUUUGACGCAUAUUUUAUGUCGUAUAACAAGUCAUUUCCCAUCCUACAUGAAAAGACGUUCAGAGAGAAGUACCAGAAUCGGCAUCAUAUCCCAGCUCACUCCACAUGGCACUUGAUAUUCUACAUCGUUCUGGCGAUCGGUGACUGGGUCGUAUCCGGUGGCUCCAAAGUCGAGGAGUCGAGAUAUUACAUGGCUGCACGGUCGUCCAUGUCAAUGAGUCUGCUGGAGUCAGGUGCACUUCUCACGGUUCAAGCUUUUCUUCUGAUGGGAAACUUUCUCCAGAAACGGGAUCGACCAAAUACCGGAUACAACUUCAUUGGAAUAGCAUAUCGAAUGGCCCUUGGACUGGGCCUCCAUCGUGAACCAGUAAGGGAGUCGACGCUCGACACCUUGGCUACCGAAAGAAGAAGAGUCGUGUGGUGGAUUGUUUAUUCAUUUGACAGCGGAUUCAGUCUGACCACAGGAAGGCCAUUGAUGUCAUCGGAUUGUUUCAUCGAAACCCAGCUUCCACGCAACAUCGAAGACUCGGCUUCCACAUUAGAUUCCACAGUCCCAGACCCCAUCGACAAACCGACCACAUACUCUGCGAUCAUAGCACAGGCCCGAUUAUCACGCAUUGGAAACAUGAUAUACUGUAACGUGAUAGCAGGUCCGAAAAGGGACAUUGAUUUAAAGACUCCACGAUCUCUCGAUCACCAGCUCAAGACCUGGAGACUCUCACUGCCCCACUACUUCACGGCCCACGAUGUCCCGACAUGGUUCCGUGGACCUCGAGCAAUAGUAAGUUGGAAGGAACAGAACCUGCGAAUGAUGCUGUGGUGGGGGACUCAACGCCUGUGCGGUUCACUGCAAGACAGCGAAGAAGCCCGCAAUAUGUGUCACUAUGCUGCCGUAGAGUGUAUCCAGGAUAUCACUACCUUUUGUAUUGACUAUCCGGAUACACUCCACGUCGGCCUAUGCUGGUACGCGACAUACUUCCUCUUCCAGGCAUCCAUCGUGCUCAGUAUCUAUCAUCUCCGACCAAAGGAGCCAUUGGAUCGAGGUUUGGCAGUGGCAAACCAGCAGCUCUGGAUAUCGUCCAUCGAGAGAUCGCGUGACUGUCUGGCUAAUUUGAGCCGGAAGAACCAGGCUGCAACGCGGUGCUUGGAAGUUCUUGAUCGGAUUAUGUAUCAGUCGCAAUCUACGCCUCCUGCGGUUGGGGAGGUUUCCUCGACGACGAAUGUCCCGGGCACGACACAAUUGCCAGUGGAUUAUGAUAAUGCAGGCACGCGUCUCGAUACACUUGCCGUUGACCCUUCUCUUCAAAUGCUUUUUGAUGCGACGUCGUUUGAUAUGGAUAUCUUUGAAGGACUUGAAGGGUUUCCGAAUACGAAUGAAGUAGAAUCAUUCGAUUAUGUUUCAGGAGCUGCGUUGGUCACUGACAAUGCAGAGGACUGGCAAAUUUGA